AUGAACGAGAAGCUCGACUGGGAGGGCAAAAUCACCGACGAGCAUCGCUACGGAGCCAUCAAGAAGACCGUGGAAGAGGAGGCGGAGCGGCGGCGAAAGGCUGAGGAGGGAGAAGCCCUCAACGAGGAGGAGAAGCGCCUCAUCGAGGAGGAGAAGCGCUGCAGCGAGGAGGAGAAGCGCCGCAUCCAGGAGGAGAACAAGCGCGUCAACGACAGCGAACCCACCGAGCCCGAUGAACUAGAGAAAGCGAUGACCGCCCAGCUGUCAAGAAUGGUCGACUCGCACGGCGCCGGCAUCGGCGAGGCCCACGUCGACAUCGCGGUCGAGCCCAGCGGAGAGCGUUUCCUCACCAGCGCGAAGGACGGCUCAAUCUGGAUCUGGAAGCCCAGCGUGUUCAGCGGCGACGCCGAAGUGACGCAUCAAGAAAUCGCAAACCGGCCUCGGAGUACACACCGUCGUAAGACUCACCGAGAGCAAGUCCGGCUGGGACGGCGAGCAGCGAAGCCUCUUCUCAUUCCCGUGGGAAUCAAUGCCAUUGAUGUGUCGAAUACGUACAUCGCAGCCAUCGGAAGCGAUUGCACAAUGAAGAAGGCGCCGCUCGAUCAGGCAGCAUCCUACGAGAAGAUUGAGUUCGGCAACCAGCCCCUUUCGCUCGCCAUUGACCCGACGGAGAAGUACAUCGCCGUAUCGUUCACCGAAGGCAGCGUCGAGAUCUACCCGACGUCGGGCACCGAACGAGUGGCCGUGUUUGACAAGCUGUUCAAGUCGUUUGGCGAUAUUGACCCUCACAAAAACCGGGCGCAGCUGAAAUGGUCUCCGGAUGGCGAGCACCUCUACAUGCCGGCCUGGGACGGCAUCCGAGUCGCCGAUGUCUCCAACUGGGAAUGCCAGCGAACCCGCUUCAACAAGAGCAAAGAUUUUGAGGAGGAAUUCUCGGCGCUUGCCCUCAGCGAAGAUGGGGCCUAUUUGGCGGCCGGGACGCUGUUUGGCACGAUUUGCGUCUGGCACACGACUUCUGGAAAGCUCAUCUCGACGCACGACUACCGCAACAACAACAAGAUGACGGCCGUCUGCGCACUUGCCUUUUUGCACAACGGCAAGGAUCUCUGCAUUGCCGAUAUCAAGCAAGGCGUCUCGCUAUGGUACGGUGCCGUCGAUAGGAAGGCCGAUGUGAAGGAUAAGCCCUCCAGCAAUUUCGUCAUCGACGAGGCAAUGGAUGAUGACGUCGACAAGGAGUUCCAGCGUAAGCGCAUCCGAGACGACGAGCAGACCGCCAUUGACCAGACCGGAGGAAUUAAGUUUCUGUACCAUUUCAAG